GAGACAGAAACAAACCGAGGGACAGAGCAGAGACGACAGGUCUGAAGAGCCUCCAUCCUUCACUGCAGCUGAAAAGGGAGGACGAGGAGAAACUUUUUGACCAACAGCACAGCUUUUUCCCAGCUUCCAAGAUGCUCCACCCCCUGCUUUACCUGUGUACUGUCAUGGCACUGACAGCAAGUCUCGCAAUCAGCAGCAUCCACGUGGAGGAGGAGACGGAGACCAUAACGACUGCAAUUACGUCGGACACGGAUCUAGUGGAACCACCAGCUGGUGCUGCUGGAGCCGACAUCUGCACUGUGACCGGCCCCGCCGUCAUCGACUUCACAGGCCGAUUCUCUCCUGUGACGGAUCGGUGUGUGUACUCCAUGCUCUCAGACUCAUCAAUGGGCUUUGAAGUGUUUGCCACCUUCAGGGAGCGCCGUCGCAGAGACGUGAGCUUUUUGGACGGCGUCACCCUGAAGCUGCAGGAUCCAGCUGUUCAGUUUCACCUUCAGCAAGGAGGGAGAGUCCAGAUGAACGACACCCAGCUGAACCUCAGCAGCUCAGGCCAGAAGCUUCACGGCGUUUGGAUUUCCAAAGACACAACUGGAGUCAUGGCAAACGUUACAAUCUCCAAUCACACAAUUUAUUUGUUCUUUGACGGCUCCACAGCACAGAUCCACAUAGAAAAACCAGUUUGGCCGUCUGUUGAUGGUCUGUGUGUAAAUGCCAGCAGUAUCUCAACCCAGAGGCUAAAUCUCAACAGCUCCUCCAGCUGUCAGACUCAGUACAACGACUUUCCUGACACUUCAAUCAACUGCAGCCUGAUAACGGACCACUGCAACAUCCUGAAGGAAUCUCCCUUCUUCUCCUGUAACGAUGACAUCGACCCGACUCCCUACAUCAAAGCCUGCAGCGACACUUUGUGCAAAUAUCCCUCAGUGGACGGUCUGUGGUGUCACUUCCUGUGGGCGUACGCCAGAGCCUGCACCCUGACCAGCAGAGCCUCACUGGGAGACUGGAGGCCUGCUGACUGCUCCUCACCUGCAGCUUUUUGCCAGGACAAAGUUUGCAGUGAUCAUGAGUUUUGUGGAGAGAAAAUCAGUGGGGGAACCGGCUGCCUCUGCAGAGCCGUGUUUGCCUACGACUACAAACAGUCAAACACUCUGAGUGAGCCAACAGUCUGCAGGAAGAACUCUGGUUCAGUCACUCUGAUUGGAUGUCUGCUGGAGGAAAAAGGCGUCGACUACUCAGUCCUACACCUGAACGACCGGAGCUGCAGGGGCGAGAUGGACCAGGAGAACCACAUGGUGACCUUCAGCUUCGACAGCAGCAACAGCUGCGGGACGGAGAUCAUGAACAAUGGAAGCCAGAUAAUCUACAAGAACGCCAUCAAGUACCAGAACAGCUCUGACAUCAUCACUCGCCAGGAUCAGUUCUACAUGGACUUCUCCUGCCUGCACACCCAACCCGAAACAAAGAUUGUUGCCUUCAACAUCAAGGACAGCUCUGUGGUCGUCAUAGUGAAGUCUGGAGAAUGGAAUUACACCGUGGCCAUGAAGGCCUACACCGACCCCGGCCUCACACACGCUCUGGACCCAACGACUGGCGUGGUUCUCAACCAGAAGAUCUGGGUGGAGCUGACGACCACUGGGCUGGAUGCAAACGUGAUCGCCGUGGAAACGGAUUCAUGCUGGGCAACCAGUCGCGAUUCUCCCAGCAGCCAGCCAAGAUAUGACCUGAUCAAGAACGGCUGUGCCGACCCCGGCGACCAGACGGUGCAGGUGGAGGGAAACGGACAAGGAACCUCCAACCGCUUCUCCUUCAACAUGUUCCAGUUUACUGGGAGCGCUGGGGACGUUUAUCUGCACUGCAAGCUGCAGCUGUGUGUCAAACAGGGGAACAGCUGCGCUCCGGACUGCAGCAGCGGUGCUAAAAGACGACGCAGAUCCACCAGGUCUGGACGUCCAGCCGUCAUCAGCCUGGCCUGGACUCACUGGUUUCCAUAACGACUCGGAUGGAUUACAGGCUGCAGAACGUCAUCAUCUGAAUCCAGUCCUGAAAAUGGAGGAGCUAAUUCACAGCUGAAAGCUUUUGCAUUUGUUUGAAGGAGAAAUGUUUUAGUUACAGACGUGCAGAAGAAGAAAAACAGGAUCAAACUGUUCAGCAUGUUUUGAUUUUACUGAGUUUGGGGGAAAAUUAUGUGGGUUACAUCUACUUUAAUAAAAACUUGUUCUAUAUCAGAAGGCCUAUAAAGGUAAAUUUAAUCAGAUAUCCUGAAGUUUACAAUCUAAAUAAUUUCCUUAACAAAUGUUAAUGUAUGUGAUUUGUAGCCUGUAUGUUUAAUUUUCUUCAUUUGAGAUUUCAAUGAUAUUUUCCAGCUAAUAAAAGAGAAACUUAGUGACAACAGUCAACAAUAUAAUUAACUUUGUAAAAGAAGAUGAGAUUAUUUUUAUGGCCAGUUUCCACUGUAAAGCUGUAAUAUCUCCUGCUUUUGAUUUUUUCCUUUUAUUGUUUCUUGUUUUCAGGGAUAAUGUACUUUUUUUUUUUCAACUGUUAUA